AUGAAAAGGUCCUUUUUUAUAAAUCACGUGGAGAGGUUUGUGAAUGAUGAGAUGUUGAAGAAGGAAAAUUUUGAUGAUCUAAAAAUAGUAGAUAUUGAAGAAAAAAAGAUGAAUAAGAUUUGUUGUGAUAAUAUAAAUAUUGAUAUAAAUGAUAACAAUGAUGAUAACAUAUGUGAUGAUAUUAUGAAGAAAGAAAUUAAGAAAGAGAAAAAAAGGAAGAAAAAAAAAAUUGAACAGAUCAGGAAUACGUUAAGUUCUCAUUGUAGAAUUGUGGAAAUAAAUGAUGAUGAAGAGAUUAGUAUAUUAGAUUGGAAUAAUAUAAAGAGUACGAAAAUAAAUGAAUAUAUAAUAAAUAGUUUAAUUAAUAAAUUUCACUUUACUAAUUUCUUAGCAUGUCAAUCUAAUGUUUUAGAGUAUUUAUUAUUAUAUAAAUAUGGAUCUAAUUGUAUAAAAAAUGGAGAUAUAUAUAUAGAAGUACCAACAGGAUUAGGAAAAACAUUAUGUUAUAUAAUAUCGAUUAUUGAUUAUUUUUUGUAUAAUAAUGAAAAUACUUUAUAUUGCUUAAUAUUAACUGCUACUGACGAAUUAGUAAAUCAAAUUAUGAAUGUAAUAAAUAUUUUUGAAAUAAGAAAUUUGAAAUGUAUGAAUAUUGAUAUGAACAAUUUUCAUUCAAAUUUAUAUUUCGAUGAAACAAUUAAUCAUAAGAGAUUUUUAUCUGGUUGUAAUAUUCUUGUAACAACCACAAAAAAGUUUGAAGCAUUAUUUUAUAGUAAUGAAGAGAUAUUUAUGAAUUUAAGAUUUUUAAUUAUUGAUGAAGUGGAUAAAAUUGUAGCAUACACUCAAUGUAAUAUAUGUUCUAUAGUAAAUUCAUUAACAAAUUUAGUAAGGAAACAUCAAAAUAAUUGUGAAAAUAUAUAUAAACCUAAAUAUUUUUUACAAAAAAUUCUCGUCUCCGCAACCUUGUGCAAAGUUUCCGACAAUUUAAUGUCUUUAGAUUUGUAUAGGCCUAUUUUUUUUUAUUAUAUGUUGAAUUAUAAGAGAAAUGAGGAAUUUUAUUUCUUCACCAAAAAUAAAUAUACCAAAAUGUAUACCUUGAUAAAAUUAUUAUUGGACGAUAUACCUAACAAGGAUAUGUUGAGCAUGCUCAUAUUUUGUGGAGAUGACGAUUCGUCACAUACCCUGUACAGAUAUCUUACCAUUUAUUUUAGUUAUACGAACCAUAGUGACUAUUCGAUUAAGGAAUAUAGUCGUCAUUUAUCAAACAAGAGAAAGAAAAAAAUCUUGACUAAUUUCCUUAACCAGAGGGUGCAUAUAUUAAUUUGUAAUGAUAAUAUAUCAAGAGGAUUAGAUACAGUGAAUGUAAAUUAUGUAAUAAAUUUUGAUAUGCCCAGGCAUUACAAUGUGUUAACCCAUAGAAUAGGGCGACUGGCAAGGUAUAAUAGCAGAAGGGGUACAGUAUAUCAUUUCAUUAAGAAGAAAGAAAAUAUAAUUAUGAACAAAUCAGCAAAACAAAGAAAUGUCAACUUAAUGGAACAAAAAAGAUUUAAAAAAAAUACUUUAACAGAUAUAAAAAAUAAUAUAUUGAAUUUAAAAAAAAUAGUUAAAAGUACUAUACAUAUGGAAAGCAAGGAAAAAAUUAAACCACACAAAUUUUAUUCCUAUGAUGAGUUGAUGAAAUUAACAAAUACUUAA